AUGGCUCUCAACAGGAAAGAAGAAAGUCUCCUGCAACAGAAACUGGAGCAGAUUCAGCGCGAGGAAAGCUUUCUGCAACGAGAAUACGAAAGCAAAAUAGUGAAAACGGCUCAAGCUUUGAACGCACGCGAAACUGAUGGUCGGAAAAUCUCAAGCACAACCGCAAGAGGAAGAUGCGAACUCAGCUUCAGAGGAAAGAGCUCCUCGCCACUAUUUAUGAAAUUACCCAAUCCUGAAAUAUUGAAGAGAAGAAGGCACACUGUUGCGGGCCUUACAUCUAUAAUCAACAAGGCAAGCGAAGGUGAAAAGAAGAGUUACUUUAGUAAAGCCAGUGAUAGCGAUGUUUUGUCUGCAAUUGACAACAGCUUUAAGUUUAUGUCGAUCGCUUGUGAAAGCAAACCAAGACUCACUGCAAGUCCUAAAGCUGUGAAACUGCCAGAGAUCAGUCUCCACUCUGCGAAUGCUCCUUAUGGGUCUCACAUUAGUAAAGUUUGCAGUAAGACAGCUUUAAAGCGCAGGCGACACAGUGACGUCACCUCGUUACGUCACAGGUUUAAAAGGCUAGGCAGUGAAGAUCGACACUCCAGCCUGGGUAACAUUCUCGAGAAUUCAAAAUAG